AUGGCAGCGAAAUCCGAUGGUCGCGGGGUCAUCCGGGGAUUCGCCCAGCUGCACAACCUGGACGAGGUGGUGGGGACCGGCGAGGGCGACCCGAGGGAAGGCAGCUCCUUCCACAUCUGCCACUGCUGCAACACCUCGUCCUGUUACUGGGGCUGCCGGAGCGCCUGUCUGCAUUACCUCCGAGGCAAGGGGAAGGGGAGGGGCGGGGGAGGAGGAGGGGACACAGUGCUGGGGCGGCCGCCACAGGAAGAGCGCCUCUGGCUGGACUGUCUGUGGAUCAUCCUGGCCCUGUUCGUGUUCUUCUGGGACGUGGGGACGGACCUGGCGCUGGCCAUCGACUACUACCACAAGCAUGACUACCUCUGGUCCGGACUCACCCUCUUCUUGGUGCUGGUGCCCUCGGUGCUGGUCCAGAUCCUGAGCUUCAGGUGGUUCGUGCAGGAUUACACCGGGGGCGGUCUGGGCUCUGUGGAAGGGCUGAGCAACCGGAGAGCUACGGCAGGGCUGAGUGCACAGGGAAGGGACAGGUGCUGCCUGCUCUCUGUGUGGCUGUGGCAGACCCUCAUACACAUCUUCCAGAUGGGACAAGUAUGGAGGUACAUCCGUACCAUGUACCUGGGCAUCCAGAGUCAUCGUCGGAAGGAGAACCAGAGGCGGUUCUACUGGGCCAUGAUGUAUGAGUACGCUGAUGUCAACAUGCUGCGUCUGCUGGAGACCUUCCUGGAGUCAGCUCCUCAGCUGGUCCUGCAGCUCUGUAUCAUGAUCCAGAGGAACCGGGCUGAUACCCUGCAAUGUAUGUCUGUGCUUGCCUCUCUGCUGUCUCUAUCCUGGGUGCUGGCCUCCUAUCACAAGCUCCUGCGUGACUCCCGUGACGACAAGAAGAGUCUGAGCUAUCGUGGGGCCCUGGUACACCUGUUCUGGCGUCUCUUCACCAUCUCUUCCCGGGUCCUCUCCUUUGCCCUGUUCGCCUCCGUGUUCCAUCUCUACUUCGGCAUCUUCGUGGUGCUGCACUGGUGCGCCAUGGCCUUCUGGGUAAUCCACGGUGGCACCGACUUCUGCAUGUCCAAGUGGGAGGAAGUCCUGUUUAACAUGGUUGUGGGCGUGGUCUACGUGUUCUGCUGGUUCAACGUGAGAGAGGGUCGGACGCGCUACCGUAUGGUCACCUACUACACCGUGGUGCUACUGGAGAACGCCGUGCUCACCGCGCUCUGGUACGCCUACCGCGACCCCGCCACCACCGACGCAUACGCCGGCUCCGCCCUCUGCAGCGUCUUCCUGUGCUUCGCCUCGGGCGUGGCCUGCAUGGUGCUGUAUUACGGGGUGCUGCACCCCAUGGGCCCAGGGCUCCGGGUCCUGGCCUCCUCCUGCUGCGCUGAACUGCUGUGGGGGCUCCCCCUGCCCCCUGAGGCCGAACCCAUGGCCCCCACCCCAGGUCCCAGAGGCUCCCAGGCCACCCCGACACGGGCCAUGGCAGGGGACUAUGAAGGAGAGUAUGAAGCGGCUACGGACACCUGUCUGCCUGUGUUCCAGGUGAGGUCCACGGAGCCGGUGGGCGCGGCCGGGAGACCCAUCCGGCCAGAGGGGCCCCUCAUCAAGAUAGACAUGCCCAGAAAGCGCUACCCGGCCUGGGACGCACACUUUGUGGACCGGCGACUGCGCAGGACCAUAAACGUACUGCAGUACAUCAGCCCCAACGCGGUGGGCAUCAGGUAUAGGGAUGGACCGCUUCUCUAUGAGUUACUGCAGUACGAGUCCUCUCUCUGA